AUGACAGACGGAACUAAUUACACGACUGCCAACCAAAACCCGCACGUGAUAAUCGGUACUAGUUCCUCGUAUGAUCAUAACAACAAACCGCUCACCACUUGUGGGGGAGCUUUGAUAGACAACAAUCUGGUGAUGACAGCUGCUGUUUGUUUCUUGGAUGCGUGGAAACCAGAAGAUAACCCUCCGCAACUGGUAGAUCCUGAUACCCUAAAGGCCAAGUACCAAAAGGCGGAAGAUUUCCAGAUGAGAUUGGGAGAACUGACUUGGGAUCCGAAUGAUGAGUCCGGGACUCGAGAGAUCAUAGGCGUGGACUCGAUACGACACGCAGUCGGCUACAAUUGGGUCAUCCUCGGAGACGACAUCGCGGUGGCGAAGCUGGCGCGAAACGUUACCAAGAAUCGAGGUGCGACAGUAGCCCCGGUAUGCAAGAAGAACUUGCGCCCAACUGUUGGGUUCGUUUUGGGUUUUGGAGACAUGCUGAAACCUGGAACUCAGAAUGACACAGUACAUGCAGAGAAACUUCAGGUAGAUUAA